AUGUCAUCUUUUUCAUGUCCGAGGAAGCUGGAGAUGUACAGGAGGAAGAUGGAGGCGGGAUGCGGAGAAAGGGGACUUUUAUUUAAGUGUCCAAUGUGUCCCAAGUGUCCAAUGUGUCCCAAGUAUCCUAUGUGUCCCAAGUAUCCUGUGUGUCCCAAGUGUCCUGUGUCCCAAGUGUCCAAUGUGUCCAAAGUGUCCAAUGUGUCCAAAGUAUCCUAUGUGUCCAAAGUGUCCUGUGUCCCAAUAUCCUAUGUGUCCAAAGUGUCCAAUGUGUCCAAUGUGUCCAAUGUGUCCAAAGUGUCCAAUGUGUCCAAAGUGUCCAAUGUGUCCAAAGUGUCCCAAGUAUCCUAUGUGUCCCAAGUAUCCUAUGUGUCCCAAUGUCCAAUGUGUCCCAAAUAUCCUGUGUCCCAAGUAUCCUAUGUGUCCCAAGUAUCCUAUGUGUCCCAAGUAUCCUAUGUGUCCAAAGUGUCCAAUGUGUCCAAAGUGUCCCAAGUAUCCUAUGUGUCCCAAGUAUCCUAUGUGUCCCAAGUAUCCUAUGUGUCCAAAGUGUCCAAUGUGUCCAAAGUGUCCCAAUGUCCCUUGUGUCUCAAGUGUCCCAAGUGUCCCAAGUUUCCCAAGUGUUCCACGUGUCCCAAGUGUGGCAUGUGUCCCAAGUGUCCCAAGUGUCCAGAGUGUGUCAUGUGUCCUAAGUGUUCCAUGUGUCCCUUGUGUCCCAAGUGUGCCAUGUGUCCAAUGUGUCCCAAGUGUCCAAUGUGUCCCAUGUGUCCCAAGUGUCCCAAGUGUCCCAAGUUUCCCAAGUGUCCCAAGUGUCCCAAGUGUGCCAUGUGUCCCAAGUGUCCAAUGUGUCCCAAGUGUCACAUGUGUCCCAAGUGUCCAAUGUGUCCCAUGUGUCCCAAGUGUCCCAAGUGUCCGAUGUGUCCCAAGUGUCCCAAGUGUCCGAUGUGUCCCAAGUGUCCAAUGUGUCCCAAGUGUCCGAUGUGUCCCAUGUGUCCCAUGUGUCCCAAGUGUCCGAUGUGUCCCAAGUGUCCCAAGUGUCCCAUGUGUCCCAUGUGUCCCAAGUGUCCCAAGUGUCCCAAGUGUCCAAUGUGUCCCAUGUGUCCAAUGUGUCCCAAGUGUCCCAUGUGUCCAAUGUGUCCCAAGUUUCCCAAGUGUACUAAGUGUCCCAAGUGUCCCAAGUGUCCCAAGUGUCCCAUGUGUCCCAAGUUUCCCAAGUGUACUAAGUGUCCCAAGUUUCCCAUGUGUCCCAAGUGUCCCAAGUGUCCCAAGUGUCCCAAGUUUCCCAAGUUGUCCUACAAGUCCAAGUGUCCCAUGUGUCCCAAGUGUCCCAUGUCUGCCAUGUGUCCCAAGUGUCCCAUGUCUGCCAUGUGUCCCAAGUUUCCCAAGUGUACUAAGUGUCCCAAGUGUCCCAAGUGUCCCAUGUGUCCCAAGUGUCCCAAGUGUCCCAAGUGUCCCAUGUGUCCCAAGUGUCCCAAGUGUCCCAUGUCUGCCAUGUGUCCCAUGUCUGCCAUGUCUGCCAUGUGUCCAAAGUUUACCAUGUCUGCCAUGUGUCCCAAGUUUCCCAAGUGUACUAAGUGUCCCAAGUGUCCCAUGUGUCCCAAGUGUCCCAAGUGUCCCAAGUGUCCCAUGUGUCCCAUGUGUCCCAAGUGUCCCAAGUGUCCCAAGUGUCCCAUGUGUCCCAAGUUUCCCCAGUGUACUAAGUGUCCCAAGUGUCCCAAGUUUCCCAAGUUUCCCAAGUGUCCUACAAGUCCAAGUGUCCCAUGUGUCCCAAGUUUCCCAAGUGUCCUACAAGUCCAAGUGUCCCAUGUGUCCCAAGUGUCCCAUGUGUCCCAAGUGUCCCAUGUGUUGUAA